AUGGAUUAUGAGAUGGACCUCGAGCCCGCGGGGCCGCAAGUCACCGUUCGCGAGGUGGAACCAUACCGCGUCGAUUUCCGACUGAGCUCAGUCGAUCUCGCCUUUGCCAACUCCCUCCGCCGCGUGAUUCUCGCCGAGGUGCCCACCGUCGCACUCGAUCUCAUUGAAAUCGAAAACAACACCUCCGUCAUCCCCGAUGAGAUGCUGGCCCACCGUCUGGGCUUGAUCCCCCUCAACGCGAAGAACUGCGAGCAGGAUCUGGACUACACCCGUGACUGCGACUGUGAGGAUCACUGCGUGCGCUGCAGCGUGACGCUGUCGCUGCAUGUGCGCUGUGAUCGUGGUAUUAUGUCUGUUUAUGCGCGCGAUUUGAUGGUUCAGGGCGAGCGGAUGAAUGAUACCAUUGGUGAUCCCGUUAUUACUGAUCCCGAGGGCAAGGGUCCGUUGAUUUGCAAGUUGGCCAAGGGGCAGGAGAUCAAGUUGACUUGUCUGGCGAAGAAGGGUACUGCUAAGGAGCAUGCCAAGUGGGCGCCUACUGCGGCUGUGGGCUUUGAGUAUGAUCCGCAUAAUAACUUGAAGCAUGUGGAUUACUGGUAUGAGCAGGAUCCCAUCAAGGAAUGGCCUAUUUCUGAAAAUGCUGCCUGGGAGCAAGCCAACAACCCUGAUCAACCCUUUGACUACGAUGCCGAGCCCAACAUCUUCUACAUGGAUGUGGAGAGUAUCGGCAACCUUGAGCCGGACAUGAUCAUCCAGCAGGGCAUCUUCGUGCUGCAGAAGAAGCUUGCACUCACCGUCUCCGAGCUCACCGGCGAAGGCGAGAAUGGCCACGCUGGUGGUCCCGAGGACGCCGAGAUGAUGGGUGCCGGUGACCCCGACGCCUACGAGCCUCCCGAGGGUAUGGAUGGCAACAUGGGUGGAUACGGAAACACCCCCUGGGGAGCCAGCGCCCAGACCCCGUACGGUGCCACGCCAUACGGCCAGAGCUCAUACGGAUACUAA